ACAUUUAUAACGCAUUGGAUGGUCGCUUCUCUGACACGAUCCUUAAUUUCCCCACUCCGCGGCCAAAUCUUUGCUAAACCCUCGCGCUCCGAUCAAUCGCCGUAGCCAUUGAUUUGCGUAAGAAGGCGCUCAUGCACAGGGCCUUUGAUGGCGUCGGCGCGAAUGCAUGAUUCGGGGUCCGGUGAACCUCGCCUCCGCGUUGCUUAUCAGGGGGUUAGUGGGGCGUAUAGCGAAGCUGCCGCCCAGAAGGCAUAUCCCAACUCCGAGGCAGUGCCUUGCGAUCAAUUCGAAACUGCAUUUGAAGCUGUUGAAGGCUGCACUGUCGACAGAGCUGUGUUACCCAUCGAAAACUCUUUGGGUUUUCAGACAAGCAUAGUCUUUUCACUUGAGGAAGGCCCUGGAAUACUUUACAAGGCUCUUCAAAUUUUCGCAAAGGAGCAAAUCAACCUAACAAAAAUCGAGAGCCGCCCUUGGAGGCGGAGUUCUCUGAGAUCUCCAGGAGAGAAAGCCAAUGGACUUCAGAAAUGCUUUCACUACAUGUUCUAUGUCGAUUUUGAGGCUUCGAUGGCUAGUGACAAUGCUCAAAACGCUCUAAAAGCUCUGGAUGUGCGGCUUGCUUCUUCAGACUUUUCCAUUGCUAAGUAAUUCUUCUUCUUCAUUGCAUGCUGAACUUACCAUGAAACGUGCAUAUCUCCCGUUUGCCAGGAGUUAGCGACAUCCUUGCGAGUUUUAGGGAGUUAUCCGGCUGAUACCACCAUUAUAUAACGACUCUCCUACAAUACAGUGAUGACCAGCCUUGAGGAUAAAUUUGAGUGUUUCAAGCCACGACGAUUUGCCUUCCCCGUGUGAUUACAGAAUGCUUUUGCAGAGGUAGUCAGAUUACUAGCAUGAUCAUUAGUUAGCUGCUCUGAUUAUUUUUGGUAGGAUCACUAUCAGUCUAUCAUCUUUGGUUAUCUCUUUUUAGGGAGUGGCCCAAUCGGUUGUUGGCGUAGUCAAAUUGAGUUGCUCACCCAAAAACCUCUUCAUCCCUCUUUAAUGUGCGGAUUAACGUCGUAGUAAUUAUCGUCUUUCAUUUCAGAAAGAGAUUGCCAAUUGAAUCAAAUUUACCAUCAAUCACGAGUGAAAAAGCUUUGUGUAGCUCUCUAUUCACCCUUCACAGUGACACAGUAGGGUACAUGCUCAUAGAGAUAAACAUGAUGGAAGGUGCAAGGAAGCUAACACAUACAAGGGAACAUGCCAAGGCAUUUAGAGCUGUUCAUAUUCAUGGGGACAACAUGAAGGAAUCAUACCUCUCAGACUUAGGUUGGUCACCCAAUUAUGGUUCAAACAAUUAUAGCAACAACAUCUACCUCAGAUUGAUUACAGAUAUAUGUACUGGCUGAGAGAUGGAUCAAAAUGAAAUAAAACACACAAAAAAAAAAGGAAGUAAAAUAAAGACCACAAGAAAACAGGGGAGGAACAGAGCAGCCGGAGCAAUUACUUGACAGUAGUGAUUAACGAAAUGCAGGUAAACCAGGGGGGAAAAAAACGGAUUCAGCGGUGGCAAGCGGGAUCGCGGCUUUUGGGAUCACAGUACAGCUUCCGAUCUCGGCCGUUGUCGAGGCAGUAGUACUGAUUCUGGCCGCAUUUGUAAGCCGGCUGGUUACGGGUGAUGGAUUUAUACACGUUCUGGCUUCCCGCCUGCAACAUCCUCAGCGACUGGCUGCUGCUCCCUGACUCCGUCAGGAACUCAUCGUCGUCAAUGGCGUCGGCCAUGCCAGCAGAUGCUGCCGAAGCCAGUAACUGGGUGGUAACCAGAGCAUCGAUGGUGCUAGCUCCGCAUUGCGGAAGGAAGUUGGUAGCGCAGAGAACGACGGCUAGGGCUGCUGCAGCCGCCAACCAAACUGCGGAAGGAUUCGUCUUGCUCAUGGGGUUUGGAAGGGAAGAGAAGAGAGAUGGAUAUGCUUACCAUCCAGCAGUGGUCCGGUCUCAUUAUUAGUGUGGUGGAGGUGGGGCUCUAGUGUGUUUGGCGGUAGUGUUAACCCACUCUGUAUCAAUUAUUAUUCCAAAUUUCCAAAUUUCCACCUGCUGCUGGAAAGCUCAGCUCGUGACCCUCCCUUUGUCUUUCUCUCGUUAAUUAUCAAGGUUCAAAAAGGCGCUAGGUGUAAGCGAGUGUUGCGACUUUGCUUAGCGCCUUGCUCGUUUAGACGUAGACUAAGCGUACCUAGCCGUUGGAAGAAAAAUAGCUAUUUAUAUUGCAUGAUGAAUGAAAUAAUAAUCUACAACACU